CACACACACACACACACACACACACACACACACACACACACACACACACACACACACACACACACACACACACACACACGAGGAAGAAAGGUCGGUCCUGACACAGAAAAAGUGCGUCCGGUGCGUCACCAGCCCUGACUGAUAAAAAGCCGCAUGCCCACAAGGAAGCAGUCAAAUGGAAUACAAGUGACCAUGAAGAACGUCUGCGGGAACUUACUCUUUGCUCUGGUGGUUAUGACUAACGGAAUCCGCCUGUCAGACUCCUUCAACGUGGGCACAGCAGGUGCUAAGAUCUUCAGCGGCUCACCUGUGGAGGAGUUUGGUUACACCGUCCAACAGGCCACCAACCAUGAGGGCAAGUGGCUCCUGGUCGGUGCUCCUUGGAGUGGUUUCACUGGAAACCGUAAAGGAGAUUUGUACAAGUGUCCUGUGUCAGGGUCCAGAACCAGCUGUGACAAGCUCAACCUUCAAGAUUCAGUCAGUAUUCCAGAUGUGAGAAACAUCAACAUCAACAUGUCUCUGGGUUUGACUCUCACCCGCAUGCCUGCAGUCAAUGGUUUGAUGAUGUGCGGUCCUCUCUGGGCCCAGCAGUGUGGUGAUCAGAACUUCUACCCGGGAGUAUGUGCACGACUGAGCCCCCUCUUUCAAGCCCAGCCCGCCUUCUCCCCUGCCAUCCAGACGUGCGGCGGGCCGAUGGACAUUGUGAUAGUGUUGGAUGGCUCCAACAGCAUCUACCCCUGGGCUCCAAUGAGGGACUUCCUUCAGAAACUCAUACCCACGCUCGAAAUUGGGCCCCAAAACACUCAGGUCAGUGUCAUUCAGUACGCUGUGGAUUCCAAGUUUGAAUUCACACUGAACCAGUACAAGACCAAAGCCGAGGUGUUGAAUGCCGCUUCCAAACUCACUCAAAUGCAAGGUGCCUCCACCAACACCUUCCAUGCCAUUCAAUAUGCCAGUCAGUGGGGGUUCAACGCCAAAUACGGGGCCCGUCCGGGUGCCGCCAAGGUGAUCGUGGUGAUCACCGACGGGGAAUCACACGACAAAGCCUUCAGGGACACCAUCAUCGCUGAGUGUGAGAAGCAAGAAAUAACCCGCUUUGGUAUUGCAGUCCUGGGUUACUACACCAGAAACAACAUUGACACGGAAAACCUUAUCAAAGAAAUCAAAUCCAUCGCCAGCCUGCCCACGGAAAAUUACUUCUUCAACGUGUCCGAAGAAGCGGCGCUUUCAACCAUCGCUGGAACGCUGGGCAACCGCAUCUUCAACAUAGAAGGCACUGGGAAAGGGGGCAACAACUUCCAGAUGGAGAUGUCCCAGGUGGGCUUUAGCGCUCACUACUCUGGCAAAAAGGACGUGAUGAUGCUGGGAGCGGUGGGGGCCUAUGGCUGGACCGGGACAGUUGUCCACCAAACGGGCUCCAGAGUGGACGUUCUUCCUGCCACAGCCUUCGAGAGAACACUUCAAGACAGAAACAGCAGUUCACUCCUGGGUUACUCCGUCAGCACACUGAGUGAUGGCGCCGCUGAUUAUUUUGUCGCUGGUGCGCCACGCUCCAACCACUCUGGACAAGUGAUCGUCUACACUUUCAACGCGCAGAAUCAGUUCAUGAUCAUCGAUUCGGAGCGAGGAAAGCAGGUUGGAUCUUACUUUGGCAGCGUCCUGUGUUCCGUGGACGUGGACAAAGACGGGGUGACGGACCUCCUUCUCGUUGGAGCGCCCAUGUUGAUGAGCGAGCUGAAGAGAGAGCAGGGCCGUGUUUACCUCUUCUCCGUCACCAAGGGUAUCCUGAAUGAGCAAGGGUUCCUUAAAGGCCCGCCUCCCACUGAGAACGCACGCUUCGGAAUGGCCAUGUCUGCCGUUCCCGACCUGGACAUGGACGGUUACAAUGACGUAGUUGUCGGAGCACCCCUCGAGGACAAAGGAAGAGGUGUCAUCUACGUCUACAAUGGCAGGAAGAAGACGUUGGACAAGCAAUUUUCUCAGAGAAUAUACGGCUCGAAAAUGGAUCCUCAAGUGAAACUUUUUGGGCGGUCCCUGGAUAGCUACAAAGACCUGAAUGACGACACACUCCCUGACAUCUCAGUGGGUGCGUACGGUAAAGUUGUACAACUCUGGUCCCGAGGUGUGGCUUCAGUCUCAGCGGAUGCUUCUUUUCUACCGGAGAAAAUCAACAUCCUCAACAAACCUUGCGAUGUCGGUGGACGCAAGAUGUCAUGUUUCAAUGCCAACCUAUGUUUCGGCGCAACAUUCCGGCCCAGGAAACCUGUUGGACCCAUUGAAAUCGCCUACGACUUGACUCUGGAUGCUGAUCUGCAGGCUUCACGCGUUACCUCAAGAGGGCUCUUCAUGGAUAACAACGAGCGUUUGGUUUCGGGGAAGGCGAAGAUCUCAUCUACACCUCUGUGUCAAGACUAUCAAGUCUAUGUGCAGGACACACCAGACUUAGUCAAUUCCAUCAGUAUGAAGGUGGAGAUCCAGCAGCAGAAUCCAGACGUCAACCCUGUCCUCGACAUCCACUCGCCCACCGCCUGGGAGUUCUUUGUCCUGACUGCUGUCCCUAGAACAUCUCCCGCGCAGACGGCCCCUCAAACGCUUGGGCAGGCGUGCUGGAGGCGUGGGCGGCCCGGUCACGCGCGUCAGGGACCUCAGCAGGUGGAGAUCCCCUUCACAAAAGACUGUGGUUCGGAUGAAAUUUGUGUCAGUGAUUUGGUGCUGAGCGUGAAUACCAACACUAAAGGCUCCAGCUCAGCUCCUUUUCUGGUCAGCGCCAAUAAGCGGGAGCUGUCGUUUGAGGUGACCGUGAAGAACAAAAAAGAAAAUGCGUACAACACACAGGUGUUGGCAACCUACUCUAGCAACCUCUUCUACUCCUCUGUAUUCCCGCCUACUGAUGGAGUCAAAUGUUCAUCAAGUCAAGAGCAGACUGUUACUUGCCAAGUCGGAUACCCGGCCUUGAAAAAAGACCAAGCGAUGAAAUUUCAGCUCAAUUUUGAAUACAACCUCAAUUAUCCGCUAAAUCGAGCCAAGGUGAAGUUUGAUGCUAAAAGUGACAGUAAAGAGCAAGUAACCACAGACAACAAAGUAGACGUGUCCAUUCCUCUUAAAUACGAUGCUGGGGUUGUUUUAUCCAGGAAGUCCAACAUCAACUUCUACGUGGCCAACUCAACGAUUGCGCCGGUGACAACGGUGAAAACGCUUGAGGACAUUGGACCUGAAUUUAACUUCACUGUGAAGAUUUCUAUGGGCAACUUCCCGGUCAGUCUGCUGUAUCUGACCAUCGCUCUGCCGAUGUCCACCAAGGGGGGAAACCCACUCUUGUAUCUUACCAGUGUGGACACCCAAGCUGGAGGUUCUAUCAGCUGUGAUUCCAACAGCCUGGUGGACCCGCUGAAGGUCGGCGUUAAGAACCAGCAAGUGUCUUUCACUGAAGAGAGUCUCAGAGGCAUCGAGAAGCUGGAUUGCCAGAGCGCCAAAUGUGAGGACAUCAAAUGUCUCCUUAAAGACAUGGACGUCACCAGCGACUACUACGUCAAAGUCAAAACAAGGAUCUGGAGCGGCACAUUUAUUAAGGCUGUCUAUCAGACCACUGAGCUCAUCUCCACGGUUGAUGUGGAGACUUCCAACCCUGAUUUACUCAUCAUCGGCCUGAAAAAGCUGCCGGUGGUGGUGACAGUGAGUAAGCCAGGAGAGAAAGGAGUCAUUCCCGUAGGCGUGAUUGUUGGCAGUGUGAUCGCUGGUCUAAUACUCCUGGGCCUUGCUAUCGCUCUGCUGUGGAAGUUUGGCUUUUUCAAAAGAAAAUACCAGCAGCUGCUAAAAGACGAGGACGAGCAGAGUCACAGACACGAGGAUGAAGUGUUGUAAUGGCACCUUUCAUUCCAGUCAAUUGUCUACAUCCUGGUACUCUCUGACUACUUCUGAUGGAACUGCUAGUGGAUUCUUUGCCAGGACUUGGAACAGAGAACAACUAUGAUGAAUACCAUAGCGAUAAUGCUCAAUCUGCACAUACAAACUACUGACACUCAGGGACGUGGAAUUGAUAUUUCUAUUGUACAUAGUGUCAUUUCAUUUAAGGGGACUUUUUAUUACUGUAUGGAUAUUUUGGUAGCAUAUGUUUGACGGAAAGAAAUUCAUUUGUAAACGGAGUGAGAGGUCCUAUAUUUACAACACUAUCAUAAUUCACUAUAACAAGUCCCUUCUUUUUUUGUGGUCCUUGAAAAAAUGGCCGAAUUGGGGGCAGCUUUUUCAGGGUGUUUGCGAUGUUUUGAGACUGAUUGUUUUUCAAUAAGAUUGAAUGUGUUGUUAAUUUGUGUAUUAGUAAAGUUGUGAGUGUUCUUUGUAACCGUAACCUCAAAAAGUACACAAUUUCAGCAAGAAAUGGGAAAAAAUAGAUACUGUAUUGAUGUUUUACUCGCUUUACACCACACAUACUUAAAAGAAGACUCUCGAUGGCAGUAUGGGCACAUUUUAAGAGGUCAUUGUCAAAUUAGUGUAUUCUUUGAAUUAUAACUCCUAUAGUGUGAAUGUGAGUGUGAAUGUUGUCUGUCUUUUUGUGUUGGCCCUGCGAUGAGGUGGCGACUUGUUCAGGGUGUACACCGCCUUCUGCCCGAAUGCAGCUGAGAUUGGCUCCAUCACCCCCAGUGACCCCGAAAAGGACAAGCGGUAGAAAAUGGAUGGAGUAGUAAUAAUUAUUCAAAGAAACAGCAGGUUGCAGACAUUCUCUGUAUGAUUUCCACGUGUUUGUCCAUCUUAAACAUUAAUUUGUAUGUUCCAACACAAUUAUCUGCGCAUGGUAAGAGCAUUUGUGAACUGUUGAGAGUGACCUAUGUCGCUGUUUUCUGUUGGUAAAUGACAAACUGUGGAAGAUUAUCAUCACUUCAACAUCUCUAUAACAUGUAAAUUAUGCCUCUUUGCUAGGUCAGCGUUGCAAAAAGAAAUGCCUUAAUUGUCUUACCCUGAAUAAAUAAAGGUUAAAUAGAUAAAUAGAUACAUGUAAACUAGGAACUAAAUGUUUAUAUACUACAUUACCCAGAAAGCUUAGUACUGUAAAUAGGAACAGGGAGUAGGUCUAAGCCGGCUGCGAGAACAAUUGUGCCAUUUGAUCAAUAAAGUUGAAAUAUUGUUCCACGUUGUUGUUUCUGCUGGGUCUACACAAGAAACAAACACUUGUUUUGAUUAAACAGCCGAUGUGUGUGUCUGAGUGCUGCUCAGAGACUCAUUUGAUUCGCCAAAAUGUACGGGGAAAUGUUGCAAUGUUACGUGUAAUUUACAGAUUUUGGUUGAAUUUGCAUGAAUUGGCAUGUGUGCGACAUGAUGAAAUCCUGGAUGGACUGAAGGAAUAUGAGGGUCAUAAUUGUGGCGACACUCUUUGCUUGUUGUGGAGGUUGUUUUCAUAGAUGGAAAUUAAUAAACUAACAUUUUUGCUUCACUGUAUUUUGGAGGGAAACAAA